AUGACUGUCCCAGGCGCUCCGCCUCUCGGGACCUUUUCCGACAUUGCCCAGCUGUCGCAAUUUUGGCAUGAUCCAAAAGAUUCCAAAGUCCUCAGGUUUCGCCUCGUCGAUUUGAUGAGCACGACAGACUCCCCGCGAGCCAAAGUGGUACAAACAAAAAACCCAGCUCAAUACCGAUGUCAUGAAACCGCGUUGCUCCUCGCAUACAAGGCCAUGGGCGACUCAGAAGUCACCACUGCUUAUACCAAUGUCCAAUUUUUCAGGCCGCCGAGGCCAUCCCUCAUCGAUCGAAUUAAAUCUUCGCUCAAUACCCUCGGCCUUACCGAAGCGGCUGCUAGCGGGAUUGUCGACGGCGCGCAAACUCUGCGACUAUACCAGCGUUUGAGAGACGAGCGAUACCAAACCGUCGAGAAGCUUCAGAAGGCGCUGGAGCGUGUGACAGAGGAGGUCGCGGAGAUGUCCAAGUCCUACGAAUCACCAAAGGCCUGGGAAAUUCCUCACCUGACGCUGAAUAACUCGAAAGUAUUGGUCGUGGAGGAGGAGGUGCUAGCUUGCGAACGAGUUGACGAAGAUCAAUCGGAUCAGAAGAGUCCAUUCACAGACGGACAGGACAGACGGACAGGACAGACGGACAGGACAGACGGACAGGACAGACGGACAGCUCAAGGCCUCUAUGUCAUGCGAAACUCAGCUUGGGCAGUGGAGUGA